AUGAAUCAGGCAGCUCGCUCGCUCCCAAACGAGCCACUCCUUGAAGAGGAGCGAAACCCGGAUUACGACCCCAGGCGAUUCUAUCCUGCACGUGCUGGAGAAGUAAUUCGGAAUUAUCGACUUAAUUCGAAACUUGGCUGGGGAACUGGCUCCACUAUUACCAAUUGCUUUGAAAGAGAUCGCAAAUCGGCAUUUGUUGAAUUCAGAAUAUCUCAGCAUAUUUCCCAGAUAGCAGCUUCAUCAAAACAUCGGGGCCGCAACUAUGUUCGGUCGAUUGAAGACUCCUUCACUAUCACCGGGCCGUUUGGAGAACAUCUCAUACUAGUGUAUGAGCCGUUGCGAGAGCCUCUUUGGAUGGUCGGCCGCCAUCUCAACUCUAUCGGCCUACCGCCCCGAGUUCUCAAAUCUCUCCUAAGGCUUGUUCUACAAGAUCUCAAAGGGGAUAAUUUCCUCGUCCCGUUCGAAGAUAAAUCAGUCAUUGAAGACUACAUCAAGGACCUGAGUAUCAAUCCGCCGGUGUUCAAGGAAGUUGACGGACAUCCAAUCUAUCAAUCUCGAACAGAUUUCGGCAGAUUAAGGAAAGCCUUCGGGGCUCUUAAGAUAUCCGAUUUUGGAGCUGCUGUCUUUGGAGACACUUCCUCUCUUUACUAUCAUGAUAUCCAGCCCGAGCAAUUUUGUGCUCCUGAAGUUUUGCUCAAGGCCGGAUGGACAUAUAGCGCCGACAUCUGGAACUUGGGCAUGGUGCUCUGGGAAUUAUUGAACGAAACCUCACUCCUUGAUGGGCUCGACUCAAAUAACUCAGAGUACUCGCAGGUGACUCAUUUUACUCAGAUGAUUGCCUUGCUAGGGCCGCCUCCUCAGUCACUAUUAGACCGGGCGGACAAAGACAUUUACUCUAAAUUAUAUUCUGAAGAUGGCUGCUUUAUAUACCAGGAUCUCGUUCCGUCUACAGAAUAUACUUUUGCAAAUCGCACACCGUUUUUUGAAGGAGCAGAGAAGCAGCAAUUCCUAGAAUUUGCGUCAAAACUGCUAUGCUGGCUUCCCGAAGAGCGAGCAACGGCUGAAGAGCUAUAUAAUCAUCCUUGGCUGGCUCAUAGUUAG